AUGGUUGAUAUAUGCGGGGCAUCAUUAACCGUGGAUUUUCCAGCGGUUGAUGUCACGCUGUUACACAUCGUUGUUAAUUUUUAAGGACUACUUGAUUUUGUACUCGGUCUUUACAGUAGAAGAAAGAGUACAAUAGAUUUGAAGCAAAAAUUCAUGACCUACGGGAACAAAUGUUAAAUACAACGUCUGGCAGCUUACGUACUUCCCAGAAGCGAUCCCUUCAUGUGAGAGCACUGUUUGACUAUGAUCCCUCAAAAGAUAGUGGUCUACCUAGCAGAGGACUGCCAUUUUGUUUUGGAGACAUUCUUCAUGUCAUUAAUGCCAGUGAUGAUGAGUGGUGGCAGGCAAGAAAGAUUCUUUCAGAUGGUGAGGAGGAGGGCAUGGGAAUCAUUCCAAGUAAAAAAAGGGUUGAAAGAAGAGAAAGAGCACGACUAAAAUCAGUGAAGUUCCAGGGAAGGAGUACCAUAAGUGAUGGGAAGGUAGGAGAUGGUACGCUAGAUAGAAAAAAGAAGAAUUUUUCAUUUUCUCGUAAGUUCCCUUUCAUGAAGAGCAAAGAGAACAGCACAGAAGAUGGUAGUGAUGGGGAAAAUCCAGUUGGUAUAGCAAAUACCAGUGACAGUGAAGCUGGUAGCAUACGUGGACAGGAAGAACCAAUACUUUCAUAUGAAGCUGUUGCUCCACAAGAAGUUAUGUAUACAAGGCCAGUGAUUAUUCUUGGUCCAAUAAAAGAUAGAAUUAAUGAUGAUCUCAUAUCAGAACUACCGGAUCAGUUUGGUAGCUGUAUACCUCAUACCACUCGACUAAGACGAGACUACGAAGUUGAUGGUCGAGACUAUCAUUUUGUGUCUUCUAGAGAGCAGAUGGAGAAAGACAUCCAGAACCACUUGUUCAUCGAAGCUGGUCAGUACAAUGACAACUUAUAUGGGACAAGUGUUGCCUCGGUUAAGGAGGUUGCAGAAAAGAAUAAACAUUGCAUUUUAGAUGUCAGUGGUAAUGCUAUUAAACGACUACAGGUGGCAGGACUGCACCCCAUUGCCAUCUUCAUUAAACCUAAAUCAGUAGAAUCUAUAAUGGAAAUGAACAAAAGGAUUACUGAAGAACAAGCUAGGAAAACCUAUGAUAGGGCUAUCAAACUUGAACAAGAAUUUGCUGAAUAUUUUACAGCUAUUGUUCAAGGAGAUACCACUGAAGAGAUCUAUGCAAAGGUAAAACAGGUCAUCAAAGAGCAAGCUGGCCCAACCAUUUGGAUAGCAGCUAUGGAGAAACUUUGAGCCCACCCAACCCUCUGGUGGAGUGUGUUUUCUUCCAGUACAGUAUGUGUUUACAGGAAUUGAAUGGACAUCUUUUGUUGUCAUUUUUAACCCCACAAUGCCUUUAGUUUUGGCCUGACUUCUUGAGAAUUUUUGUUAUAUUUGUGUCAUGAUCCAAGGCAGCUGGAGGUCUUAAGUAUAUACUGCCUAGUUUCUCUUUGUUUGAGGAAAAAUAAAACUAUUGUUUCAUAAUAGAACCUCAUUUGUAGGUGCUAUGGGCAGCAGAUAUUAGCGGAUUGAAAGAUCAUGUCAAUGUUGUGGAGCAACCAAAGUUACAUUUGUAUAUAUCUUCUUUUGUGUGCUGUUAUCUUGAAAGCUUGUAUGUAAAGGAUGUGAUAUUUUUAGGGAGUGGUUCUAAUGUGGCAUAAAACUUUCACACACACACACCAAUUGUCCUAUGUGCUUUCUCAACUAGGAAAACAAUGAUUUAAUCAUCAGAAUUCUUUACUGUAAAUGAUCAUUGUUUCAGCUACAAAUGCCUCAGGAAAGAAUGUAGUCAUAAGACAAGAUAAGUGGAAGGAUUAAUGGGUACCUUUUCAGCUAGUAAAGUUAGUGCAUCUAUGUUGGUUUGUCAGGAUAUAUUUUUCCCUAUAAAUAUUGUUUUUUUGUCAACCCCCAAACAUAACGAUGUCUGACUGAAAAUAAAGCUAUAGAACCAAUGUAGCAGUAAAGGAUUAUAGUUUUAUGGAGUGCAAGAAAUAUGUAAGAUCAAACAUUUAAUUUUAAAACGACAAAAAAAAAGGUUGCCAAACAAUUAGAUGUUCUUCCUAUUAUCCUCUUCUCAAAGUAGCCUUGCUACAAGUUUCUGUGGCAAGAUGUGAUAUCAUGCCAUGACCAGAAGUAUUAUUUAAAAUAACAUUCUGCUACCCACUUUCUCCAUCAUCAUCAGCUAACUAUAUGUAAUAAGAUAUAAAUAUUACCUUGUCCUGUUCAAAAUUUUUGUAAUUUGAAUUUGUGCUGCACUUCUUGAUAAAGCUAGAUCUUUUUACGUAUUUUUAUCAAACCAAUUAUUCAAGAUUUGUGUACUACACAAUACACAAGUGUACUAUUGAAUGAGUCAAAACUGUUUAUGUACAUAUAUAUAUAUAUACUCUGGUGUUUACUGUAAAUUUGUAGUUGUAUGUUGACAUUAAAGGUACACGCAGAAAUUCUUG